CCAAAAAACCCUGCAAACCCUUCACUCCUAUUCGCACAGUUCGCGUAAAUUCAGAAGACUUUUAUUCUGAAAACGAUAGCUUAAGCGUGAGCACGUAAACACCACUCUGAAAAGAACCAAGCUUCAACCGUACAACGAAAGCAUUCUCUUAAAACAACAGCAUUAAAACGACAGUUCUCUGCUCAACGCCAACCUCCCAUUAACUGCAGAUGAAAAGGACUGUGUUCAGAGACAGCUAGCGAAAUAGCUAAAGAAAUAUGUUUAACCAUUACCAGCAACAAAAACAUCCACGAGCACAGCCACAGCAAAGAAACCAUGGAGGGAGUCGACCCUACCCAGUGCGAAUCUCUGGUCCUCGAGGCUGUGUCUGCCGCCCUGUCAACUCCCUGCCCCUGCCUCGGGCUCCACCAAACCUCCUGACACACCCCCUCCACCUCCACACGCACCCCCUGAUGCAAGGUGUUGAGGUCAGGUACCAGGGCAGAGGUCCUCCUGGUGUGCUGCUGAGCUACAUCACCACAGAAGAAGAGAGGGAUGACGUCGAGGCCUCUCUCACGCCAGGACCAGGGUUAGCACCCCAGCACGGCCAAGGUAAGAGGCCGAGGAUGAACGGAUCAGAGCAGCCUUGUAGGGCUGUUGGUGGUGAGCAGGGAAAUGAUGCCCAGGUGCUAACAGAGGAGGUGGGGCCUGGAGGUGGAGGAUGUGCAGGUGUUGAACCCACAGACGCCCUUGGAGAUCUCUCAUCACAGGAGUGCAGUGAGCAGAAGCCACCAGCAGAGGGGGUGGGCUCGUCCCUGAAGGUCACCAUCCAGAGGAGCAGUGAGAGUCGAGCGUUCAGCACUGGGCUGGAGGAGGCCAGCGACACGGCGCCUCCCUCAGGACAGGAGGGGAACAGCGCUGCUGCUGACAGACACUACUGCCACCUGUGUAGAACUUCCUGCCACAGCCAGCAGGGGUUCCAGAGUCACAUGAGCAGUGAGAGUCACCAGCAGCGAGGGAUGGAGGUGCAGAACCAGAGCUCAGCCCGGCUGGACGGCCUGCUGCCCCACACACACCCUCCACUGCAGGGGAGCCAGGCUGAUGGGGUCAGGGGUCAAGGCGUGCAGCGGUGGUGUGCCACCUGCCAGUCCCCCUACAGGGGCGACCUCAUCCUCCACCGUCGGACCCCGGAGCACAAGCUGUGUAAGCAGUCGUCACGGCCGUUCUGCCCGGCGUGUAACCGCCCCUUCCGGACGCCGCGGCGCUUCGUGGAACACAUGAAGUCACCGGAACACAAACGCCAGCUGGAGCAGCUGCGUCAAGAGGCGGAGCCUGAUGUCCUGGAGGAGGAGCUUAUCACGCUGGAUGCGGUGGGUUGCUUCGAGGGGGAGCAGAACUACCGGAGGGAGACCAGGGGGGAGGAGGAGGAGAAGGAGAAGGAGAAGGAGGAGGCAAACAGGGAGGAGGAGAGCAGGAAGCAGGGGGAGUCCAGGAAGGAAGAGGAGGGGACAGGGGAGAGCAGGAUCGAGAUUAGGGAGCAGGAGAUCCAAGAGGAGGAGGAGGAGAACCAGGAGGAGGAGAUCCAAGAAGAGGAGGAGAUCCAAGCGGAGGAGGAGGAGAACCAGGAGGAGGAGGAAGUGGAUAUCCAAGCGGAAGAGGAGGAGAACCAGGAGGAGGAGGAAGUGGAGAUCCAAGAGGACAAAAUGUCAGUAGGAGGCCUGAAGGAUUCUCAGGAGGAGACAAUCAAUGACUCCAGCUUUGUGGUUCCUGUGUCAGGUUUCCUCUGCAGACUCUGUCACAAGUUCUUCUAUCUGGAUUCCAGAGCCAGACUUUCUCACUGCAGAUCCCCAGCUCACCUUCACAAUGUCCAGAGGUAUAACUCUCUGAGGAGAUCAAGGAGCUCAGCUGGAGAAGAUGUAGAAACACACACUAAUCUGCCCCCAGACCAGGUCCCCAGACCAGGUCUAAUCUGCCCCCAGACCAGGUCUAAUCUGCCCCCAGACCAGCUGGACUGGGACCACACUGCCCCAACCUCACCCGGGACAGGAAGUUGGGUCAUCUCCGUGACGAUGGUGCCACAUCAGAAGGGGUUGCAGACAGUGCCAGCUGUAAGGACACCUCAGAGAUCUAGUGGGCUCUGAUUGGCCAGAUCCAAGAGAGUUAACGACCAUGAUUAGACCCAGAUCUACUGAUUAAGUGCCAGAAGCGUUUUAUUGACAUGUGAUACAAUACAAAUACUGACACUAUAUUAAUAUAUUUGUACAUAAAAUAAAUCUAUAU